GGAAGUUUUAUCGCUCCGCGACACAUGGGCGGGUCUUGGGUAUUGGAGAAACUGGAAGUAGCCGUGUACUUUAAUAAUGGUGCGUGCUGAGGAUACGCUGUGCUAUCAAGGAUUAUGGACGACCUCGUGAGAGGCAAUACAUUUGUACAUGAUGACAAAAAAGUUUAUGAAGCAUUUACAAAGGCUGUCGGCGACUGGACCAAUAGUUACAAGCAAGAGGCGAGCAGGGACAUCACUGCUAUCACUAAGGGAUUAGCUGCCCUUGGUGACCAACUACUGACUGUUGAAAAGAAACCACAGUACAAAACAAAAGGCUGGGACCAGGCUACUUUCGUUUUCAACGAACUUGUGAAAUUGAACGAGUUUCUGCUGGAGAAAGAUGAAGCUCAAGUUUCAGAAACUCAGGAAAUAUUUUAUUCUUUCAUGGUGCGCAUUCUUGAUGAUGAUCUCAAUGUACUUCACCUAAGUCUUGUAUCUGCAUGUCUUGACAAAAGUAACCUUAAAAUAAAAGAUCAUAUCCAGGACUUGGACAAAUCAACACUAGAAAAAUUCUUGACCAUCUCUUGCUGUCAGGCGAAGAUUGAGAAAAAUGUGGAAGACAAAGGUUUCUUAAACAGUUAUGAGAAAUUUACCAAACAGCUGAUAUCAGAAACAUUGAAGAAAUCACAAACUAAAGAUGAAAUCAACAUUUUACUGGAUUUUGUGCUGUAUUCCAUCCUGGAAUGUACAAAGUUUGAUAAAGAGAACUACAGAAAGCUCUCAUACAUUGGAAAAAUUGUGUUGGAAUGUCUGGAAGAUCCAUUUUCUUACCUGCCAAAUGUACAGGAUAUCAAGGCAUACAUUAAAAAGUGUGAGCAGAUUUUUACCAGCAAAACAUUCAUCCCAAGAAGAAAUGUUAGAUAUUUUAUGGCAAAAUUCAUGGAACAAAUAGGUGAAAGAGGACUGAUCGAAGAGCUGUAUAAUGAAGUGUUUGAUCUUAUGUUGGCUGUAUCUAAAUGUACUUAUACUGGUAAAGAGGAGGAUCAUACAGUCCAACUUUUGUAUGAAAUUACCAGUUUUUUCAGGAAAACUCCCAAGAAAGGAUUUUCAAAAAAUGCAGAACUUUUUGAUAGCAUGUGCAAACGUUUUUGCUCUCUGCUGGAAGAGAUUAAAGACAAGUUUCUUGAGGAUAGAUUUGCUGAUGAUAUUGUUGGUUAUGGCCUAUACUAUGUAUAUGCUGAUAACAAAACAAUGUCAAGGUCAUGGGUGGAGAUGCUCAUUCCUUUGUUUAAACGUCCUCAUAGAGACACAAUGAAGGCAGCCUACAAUAUCUCCAGCAACUGCAAAUCUGUCAACUGGAAGGACCACGUGGAUGUGGCUGAUCAAGUGGUGGAUCUGAUAUUGAUGUUUGAACCCCCAGCUUUCAUAGAAGAUAUUGAUGGUAAAGUGAAAGACAAGAUAAAAGACUUCUUGGACUAUUUUAAAAGAAGUGUGGAGUAUUUCUUUGAUGGGUUAAAAAAAGCCAAGAUUUUAAAAAACUAUGGUCAGAGGAUGAUGAAACUAAGUCUCAAGUUCAUGGCAACAAACCACACAAAUCUCAUAGAGCUGGCUGAGUCUAUAGCUGAGAGAACUGAUCUCAAUAUCAAGGAAGAUAAGAAUGCCAUGAUAGAACAUGUUAAAGAACUGCAUGAGCUUAUAAAAAAUGAGGAUCUUCCUUGGCCGUCCAGUUGGCCUCUACAGAGAGCUGCUGUAGAUUUUCUUGACACGGCCACUGAACCAGUCAAAGAUGGUAAAAUAAUGACAGAUGAAGAUUUUCAAGUGUUCCUCUCCAUCUGCCUGACCUGCCUUCAGUAUGAUUGUAUCAACCCAGAGACCGGCCUCUUCCCUUCUACGCACUACUCCAUUUUCCUGAGUGCCAUCAAGCCACUCAACAGAUGGCUUAUAGCUUUGAACAGAUAUGACCUGGCCUCACCCCUGGUGCCAGAACUCUUGAAAUGUCUGGAUGUGGAUGAUGAGAAUGUCGUCACACUGACUGGAGUGUACCUGUACAUGUAUGCCACUGUCACAUCAGGUCACAGAGCUAUAGCUCCUUAUCUGGACCAAAUAAUGGAGAGUUACCUAAAGAAGGAUAAUAUACAGCUGUUGCAGACAGCCACAGCAGCUUACCCCAUUAACCCUAAAGCACUGAGGGAUUUCUACCGACCUCUGAUGAGCUUGUAUGAGGAGAGUGGGGACCCUAGCAUUGCUUCAAGUCUUUUAGACUUGUUUCAGAAAAUGUCACAGAUGCAGGCAGAGCUAUUUACUGAUCAAGAUAUUGAAGUAAUUCUGAACAAAGCACAAGAGAGUUCCAAUUCCCAAGCUUUACUCAUUUUACAAGAAUUGACAAAGAGACGCCCAGAGAGCAUGCUGGGACAUAUUGAUACGUUGCUGGAUAGGUCUUUGUGGAACCCUGCACUUGGAACAAUCAUCAAUGAAAUGCUCAUUGCCUUGGCAUUUUAUAAAAAAGAUGUGGCACCAAAAGUUCUUGAUGACCAGUUGGACGCUCUGAAAACCAGCCAGGAUAAAAUGACUCAGAUGAUACUGAUCAACACCAUCCGGAUGCUGGGGUUCAAAUAUCCAGAUUUACUAAAGCCCAGAAGAUCCGAACUAGAAAAUAUCCAAAUAAGUGAUCCUGAAUGUUUGAACCUCAGGCAGGCAGUGCUGGACAUGAUAGAUGGCAAAACAUCUGAUGAGAUGGUGAAGAUGAUGAAAAAACAGGAAGAGGACCUGGUAAAUCUAAUUGGCAGAGUAGAUGAGACGGCUGAGCUUUUAACAGAUAUUAAGGAAGAGGUCAGCCAACAAGGGGAAAAACUGGCCAGUGUGGAAAAUGAGGUCAAGGACCAAGGCCAAAGGUUAAAUGAAGUGGAGGUCACUGUGGAAGAGACAGUGGCUAAAGUUGAGGAAAUUGACCAAAAGACACUUAACCACGCCCCUUACUGGUCGAGAGAUGUAUCAAAACUUUUGAACCCAACAUCAGAGCAUGAUUGGCGUCUGCUUAGCAAAAGAUUACAAUACAGCAAUGAUGACAUCAGAGGUUGGGCACAACAGGCAGAUCCUUGUAUGGCUAUGUUGAAUGAAUGGUAUGCAACUCAUAAAACAAGUGAAGCAACUCUUUCCAUACUGACACAGUUGCAAGAAAUGGACAGAAUGGAUGCAGCAAUUAUUGUGGAAAAUGCCAUGAAAAAUGCUGAGGCUGUUGUAGAAGACGAAGCCUUUGAAUAUGCCUCUCCUCCACCAAUAUUUAUAAGCUAUCAGUGGGGACAUCAGAAUGAAGUGAAACUUCUAAAGCAACAUUUGGAAAUGGCUGGAUACGAGUGCUGGCUGGACGUUGGUCAAAUGGGGGGUGGGGACAAACUGUUUGAGAAAAUUGACACAGGGAUCAGAGCAGCUAAAGUGGUUAUUAGUUGUGUCACAACAAAGUAUGCCAAGUCUCCCAACUGCAACAGAGAGGUAAAUUUAUCAGUGAGUCUAAACAAACCUAUAAUACCUUUACUACUGGAACAAUGUCCCUGGCCACCCCCUGGCUCAAUGGGGCCAAUUUUUAGUGAGUAUCUGUUCAUCCGAUUCUUUCAACGUAAAGGGGAGGAACUGGAGGAUCAAAGGUUUUGGCCCAAAGACAAAUUUCAAGAGUUGCUCAUGCAGUUUAAUGUGCUGGGUCUACCUCCAGUUGAGGACAAGGUGCAACCAGUGUAUAGAAACUGGUGGAUGCCAGUUUUUGAAGAAAUUAAAAUUGACAAAAGUAAAACACAAAAUGGAGGCCAAGCAUCUGAAACAAUUCAAACAGAAUUAGAUAAAAAGGCAUCAGAUUCUCCAGAUGUUUUCAUCUCGUACCAAUGGGGCAAACAGAAAAACAUCAUCAAACUUUAUGAACGCUUGACCUCUCUUGGCUUCAGCUGUUGGCUGGACAUCAAACAAAUGGGGGGAGGCGACUCCCUCUUUGACAAAAUUGACAGAGGUAUUCGUGGCUGUAAGGUCGUCUUGUCGUGUGUGACACAAAAGUAUGCCCUUUCUGCCAACUGCAGACGUGAGGUCAGCUUGACCGAUGCACUGAAGAAACCGCUGGUACCUUUACUGAUGGAGCAGAUGACCUGGCCACCAGCUGGACCUAUGAGUAUGGUCAUGACACAGCUUUUGUACAUCAACUUUGCUAAGGAUGAAGAUGUUCAGUUGACUUGGGAAGGGCCAAAAUUUGAAGAGCUUCUGAGCAAGAUAAAGGAACAUGUUCCCAUGACAAUCACAAAUAUUCCUGAUGUUGUAGCAACUGUUGACAGAGCAUCUUCUAAAAUAGCCAAUGCAGAAGAUGCAAACUCUUUAAAGGAGGGGGAUGAGAGACCACAUUCACAGGAGGAAAUCAGUGUUGAGGAUGAAUCAAAGACACUUUUAAAGGAGAAGUCUUUGACAAACACCGGAGUAAAUUUAAUAACUGAGCAAAAAAAUGAGGAUUUAGGAGCAAGUAAUAGCUCACCGUCAGAAGAAAAUAAAAGGCCACCAUCAAAAGAAAAUAACAGGCCAUCGUCAAAAGAAAACAACAGGCCACCAUCAAAAGAAAAUAACAGGCCAUUGUCAAAAGAAAACAACAGGCCACAAUCAAAAGAAAAUGACAGGCCACAAUCAAAAGAAAAUGACAGGCCACAAUCAAAAGAAAAUGACAGGCCACCAUCAAAAGAAAAUGACAGGCCACCAUCAACAGAAAAUGACAGGCCACAAUCAAAAGAAAAUGACAGGCCACAAUCAAAAGAAAAUAACAGGCCACCAUCAAAAGAAAAUGACAGGCCACCAUCAAAAGAAAAUGACAGGCCACAAUCAAAAGAAAAUGACAGGUCACAAUCUAAAGAAAAUAACAGGCCACCAUCAAAAGAAAAUGACAGGCCACAAUCAAAAGAAAAUUACAGGACACCAUCAGUAGAAAAUAACAGGCCACCAUCAAUAGAAAAUAAUGGGCCACAAUCAGUUGAAAAUAAAAGGCCACCAUCAGUAGAAAAUAAUGGGCCACAAUCAGUUGAAAAUAAAAGGCCACCAUCAGUAGAAAAUAACAAGCCAACAUCAAAAGAAAAUAACAGACCGCCAUCAGUAGAAAAUAACAGGGAAAGUUUGUUUCAAGGUAAUGAAACAAAAACAGCACCUGAACAAGGGGAAACUGAUUUGACAGAAAGUGACAGAACACCAUUACAAGACAAGACAGCAAGUGAGAACGAAGUGAAUGAUAAUCCUACAUUACUAGAAGUAGAAGACACAGAUAAUAAAACACCACUUUCUCAACCAGAUGUGUCAUCCCCUGGUUUAAUGACAGACCCCACCCUCCUAUCUAAAUCUCCAAGACCCCAAGUUUCUGUGACCCCUCGUACCACGACCAUCUCAACCCCUGUUCUAGCUCCAAUAAAAUCCUUACCCCACCCAAAUCAAACGACUACAGUAAACUCCCCUUCACCAAGAUUUCCUUUCUCCAAAACAUCCCCUUCAGUCACAACCUCCUCACAGCUUCCUACAAACAUCAAGAAACCAAUCAGCCCAUCAAAAACGUCUCUCACUAGACCUGGGCUAAUCAGAAAACCCAACAGUUUAUCUAACAAGUCACCCAAUCGUGAGAACAUCCACGAUCUACUCCAGCUUACCAUCACAUCAAAGCAGCUGCUGAAACCUAUUUCUACAGACCAAAACAAAAACUCACUGCAGGAGAGUUCUCUGAGUGAACCAGUUGCCAGAACACAACAGUCCAAAUAUAAAACCACCCAAACGCGAAGACCUUUAAGGUUGCCACCUCUACAGCAGACAAAUGGAGAGAAAGCUCCACACAAGUAGUAGAGGCAAACCAGUUUAAUUUUAUAAUUUAUAUCAACCUUAUGUCCCACAAGCCAACAUAAGUUUAUACCAAAGUCUUAAUAACCCACCUGUUACAUUGUAAAUGUCCAUCCAAAGCUGUGAAUUAAUCUAAAAAUUAAAUUUUAUGCUAAAGCCAUAAUCAACCCACCAAUUUCAUUUUAUACCAAGUGACAUUUUUCAAGUCCUGAAAAAUUAAAAUCCCUUGUCAAAGGCAUUGAAUUUAAUCUAAAAAUUGUUUUAUACU